UUUUGAUCUGGUCCAUCAGUAAGUUCAGGGCCCCUUCCCACCUUAUUACUCGCUCUUGUCCAAGUCUGACAAUUGUAGCUAUUCAUGAGAUUCGGGUUUCACCAUUAAAGUAGAGACUAGAAGUUGGCUGUGGCUUCUUUACUAGGAAUUUUACGCUAUGUCGAUCGAUAUGUUGCCUCAAGUUUCAAGUGAGCUCUGGAGAAUAAUCUUGUCCACUUUGUUUGGAUUUUUGAGUUAACUCCUGAAGCAGAUCCGAAUAUCUUCAAUAAUGAAUCAUUUGAGGUGAUGGACAUAGAAGACACACAGCAUGCCUUCAAAAAUUCAGUUACCACCGACUAGAGCGUUUCAGUGCAUUCCUUCCUAUAUUUGAAGAUCCGUGAAGCAGCAUGGAAGUACAUCUAUCCCUUGGGAAGAGUUAUGUGGAUUUAGGAAGAAGCACUUUUCAAGAAGCUAUUGUUACAAAGUAGAGAACUCUUCCGCACAGGAAACUUCAACAUCUUAUCAAAUCAUGUAAUUACUACUCUUCUGUUUCAGUAGUAACGAUCAGGGGUCAGUGAAUCCACUCUAACCUGACUAUGAAUAUACUAUUUUGACUUCCACGCCCGUGAAAGUCAUUACGCAUCUCCGACAUCAGUGAAAAAGAAAAACAUGGAACAUGGCAUGCAUGACUCAUUGAAUAACAAACCUGUCUAAAGGUGAAGUGUAUUUAUCAUCGCCAAAGGCCAUUUGCUUCGAGUCACCUGCAUCUGCACUCUUCAGCUAUCGUUCCUCUCUUUUUUUUUCUGUCACUGCACUAAGUUUCCAGCCUCAAUUACUCCCUAUCCCUACCUACUCUGAGUGUCUGGAAUUAGAAGGUGAGCUUUUAUAUCUUUCAACGGAGCUGAAGAGAUGAAGCCUGCUGGUGGAGACUGCUGCAAAACCGUUAUGUGGUGCAAAGAGGAAGUGACAGCCGUGCACAUCCAAGCACAGGGCAUUUAUGAGAUUUCGAGCUACAUCGGGGCGCAAUGAAGGCAUUGCCAGCGCAGGUAUCUUCCAGAGGUUUGCACAGUUUUUCCGGUUAAGUUUGGUUUCUGGGCAGGUGAAGUGGUGGGAGUGGGAGCUGGGUUUCGCACUUGGGGUGUGGGAAGGAGUGCGGAUGUGAUGUUCAAGGUGGCGCGAGUGUUCGAGAGAGAUUGAUUGAGAGAGCCAUAGUGAGAACACUAAAACCAAGGACCAUGGCGUAAGGCUUUCGAUCAGCGAGGACUACUUAGAGAGAGAGGGAGAGCGGGCUGAUUUCGAGUUUCUGAACCAAGAGCUAGAGCCGGACAUCUCUACGCGUAGAAGGUCACGAAGGAUCAACCACCAUGGUAGCGAGAAUUCUAGCAUUGGUUGUCGUUUUCUAGGGGCGGAUCAGUAGCAGGAGAGAAGGAUGACUACUGGUACUUGGCAUGCAGGAUUUACGAGGGUACUACGAUUUUUUUCUCCUCCACUCACGUUAGACCAUUACCCCUCCUUGCAGGCGCGGCAAUUGCAGCAAAGCUCAAGCAGAGUUCAUAUCAACCCAAGUGUUAACCACAAUUACCAUCUUGAGCAUUUUAUUCAUAUGUUCCGGGGUCCUUCACAUUCUUGCUAGGUGCUUGGGAUUGCGACGGCGCGGCCGGCGGCCGGCGGCUGGGGGUUUUAUUAGUCCUAGCGUAUACAUUCGGGGGCGGCUUCAGCAUCUUUUCUCUCUGCACGACGCCGGCGUAGAGCAAGUCGUCAUCGACACUCUGCCGACGUUCUUGUAUGGCUCAAUCAGAGAGCUCAAGGAUAGCGCUGACUGUUCAAUUUGCGAACGAGGACAGGCUUCGGCUCCUACCGAAGUGUAAACACGCAUUCCACUUGGACUGCAUUGACACAUGGCUGUUGUCGAACUCCACAUGCCCCUUGUGUCAGCGAAGCCUUCUCCCAGAAGCAGAAUCCGCUGCACCACCCAUUGACGGCAACGGACCCACUGGGUUGUCAGUAGACUCACAGGGAGCCAGUCACUCUCGGCGCCAUGGCAGCUUUCGAGGUAGCUCACGCUUGAAUAUCCGCGGCAGUUUUCGCUUCCUUACCGAUGCCAUGGCUCCUUCUCUGCCACCGCCAUCAUCUGAGACAGAUAUAACACCAAGCAUCUUUAAUCCUGCCGUGGUGGACGUAUUCCAAGCAUCCCCUCUGAGUCCCGGGCCUACGGUCUGCGGGACUGAGCCUGGCGGCUCUGAAAAAGUUUCCCGAGUAGAGCUCGGCAAGGUGAACACUGAUCCUAGGAGAAUUGCUCGUGACACGGACAAUUCCCAAGGGCCGCGCUCCUACUCCAUGGGCUCCUGUGAAUACGUAGUGUCUCUCACGAGGUUGGGGCUCGCAAUGCCUUAAAAACCCGCGCACAAAACCUCCUUUUCGGACACCAUUCCUGAUCGUGUAAUCUCAAGCUACGCACCAGGUCAGGAGGAGAUGUUACUUGCAAGGCGGGAUUCAGACUCACCUCACAGAUUAUCUAUGGUGAUGUAAACCACGACCCCCAGUCCACAACAGAUCAUGAAUCUCAAACCUCUCUUUCUCGCCUCCAACAACAUGAGCUCGCUACGACCUCCGUCUCGCAACGCGUCACCGACACUCCCCAGGACUCCACAGUGCAUGGAGAUGAUUGUGCAAAACAACACCACUAGGGAAUUGUCUACUGAUUACUCAUCAGUCAUUUCAGCGCGUGGGACUUGCCUGAUGGGUGCAUCGCACUGGUAUGUUUUUUCGGAUCCCAUCGUUACUGUGGCCGAUCUAGACAUCCUCACUUGCCAAGUUUUUUUUUGAAGAUGUUUCUUCUGAAGAUCAUGAAUGAAGCUCCUUCAUGGAAUCCAUUUGUCUAGUGAGGUGCAGAAUCCGUCUCUUUGCUGUGUUUUGCUCAGAAAUCCUUGUGCGGCUCGUCGGUGGAAUGCUACGACAGCUCGUUGGAUAUCGUUGUGUCUCGUCUUUCUGGCUUUAGCUAUCGGAGCCCGUCCUCGGCAAACGAUAUAGGUUAUGAGCCUUCGCUUGUAUUACGGAGAUGUAUUCAGUAUGCUUCCACAAUUUUGAUUGAGUUACAACAAAAAAAUGAGAUGAUGUAAUAGAAGAGGAAGUGUACGUUUGGUCAGAUUUAAAAGGACUAACUAUACUACUUGAGGUGUAACGGGAUUGUUGUAUGUUCUUUGGAGUGUCUUGUAGACUCCAAAAAUAACAUGUGAUUGUUUAGUGUGACAAAGGCAAUAGAAUUUGAGUUGUGAGAAAGUAGCUAAGAGUGGCGUUGUAACUGCAAAUAAAUCAUCUUGUAGUGAAGCUAGUGCAAAAUUUAGGCAAAUCAGUUGAAAAUGAAACAAACACUACUUGUAAUCAUGAAAUGAAUGCUGGUAUAUUUUAAAAGU